CAACAAGGAAAGGGAAGCCAUGUUUUCGGGAAGAAGAAAUCCAAAAAAUUGCGCUAUUUUGUUUGUUUUGAUCGCCUGUUCUGUGCUGUUUUUUCUCUUGAAAUGGCCAUUUAACACCUAUAUAUUUGGAAAAAAUGAAAAAUGCCUGGUUUACAGUCCUGCUUUUCCUACGGCUGGAGGUCCUGGCUGCAGUCCACGAUGUGUCGAGAAAAGAGGGAGGAAAACUAAGAGAUAUGGUGCGGCAUUUUAUAGUGACAACCACCAAACGUGGCCGAAAGAGCUUGUCGAGAAUAUGCGACUUGCUGCCUCGAUUUUGAAAGAGUACGGUAAGCCACAAAGUUUAAACACGGAAGGUAGAGGAACUCUUCAUCUUGCUUUUGACUACUACUGCUGCUACACGGAAGAAGAGGCGAUUAAAAUUGGAAAGUUUCUUGAUAGUUAUUCGUGGAAACCUCACGAUGUAUGGUUUGAUAAAAUAGAAUGUGCUAUUCACGGUUACAAUGAUGCAGUUUCUUUGGUGCUUAUGGCUGACAAAAGUUCGCAAAAGGUUUUGACUCGAUGGGCACUGAAGAACGAGCGAGAUCUAAAAAUCAAAACUGGUGUAAAGAAACAUAUUCCACACACACGUUUGCAAGACUUUCAUAUAACUCUUGGAACUGUAAAUCAAAGCUAUUUUCCAGUGCAGUCGGCAGUUGAAGAAAUCAACAGAGUUAUUCCACCAGGAAAAUGGCACAGAAAUCCUAUCAUUCUGCGCCAACCAGUUUGUCACGGAUGCGAGAAGUUGAUGAAACAUCGACGUCUAUAAACUAUGAAAUUGAAAUUAUAACAAAGAGCCAUGAACUGUUGUUUAAGUCAGAGAAACAAGAAGUUUUAUUCUCUAAUUUCAGAGUAUCUUUGCUCUUGGGUUGUGUUUUGAACUGUUAUUUAUCGCCAGAGGGCCUAUGUAAGUGUAUUUAUGGUCGUUAAA